CGAACCGAGUCCUGGGGCCCAGCGCAGAGUCCUGGCCACAGGAGGGAGUCCAGGGAACAGGACAGCCACCGUGCAGGGCUCUAGGAAAUUUAAUAUGGUGUUUGCCCUCUGCUUUUGCCUAUAUGCAGUGUUCAAGUGUUCGGUUUCAAAGUGAUGACUUACAUGUGUUUGAGGAACAGCAAACUUCUGAAGAAAUGGCUGGACCUAGUGCCUUUUCUGUUUAUGCCCUCCGUUUGGGGCCUGGGGAAGACAUUGCCACCUCUUUGUUAAAAUUUGUAGAAGAUAAGAAGCUAAAAGCUCCAUUUGUCAUGACUUGUGUGGGAAGCAUCACCAAAGCAACGCUGAGACUGGCCAACGCCACUGCUUCGAAUACUAAUCAGAUUAUUCAUCUAAAUGAGAGGUUUGAAAUCGUCUCCUUGGUGGGAACCCUGAACAAAGCACCUCAUCUCCACAUCUGCCUGUCUGAUAAGGAUGGGAAGACUGUCGGAGGGCAUGUUAUAAGUGACUUGGAAGUCUUCACUACAGCUGAGAUAGUGAUCGGCGAAUGCACAGGCCUGCAGUUCACCCAGGAGAUGGAUGAUCGCACAGGUUUUCCAGAACUUGUCAUUAGUUCUUGCUCUGAAAAGGCUUAGUAAUUUCUGCCCUGUAAAUUAUGUGCCAUGCCUCAAAAAAAGUGGAUUAAAUAAAUGGGGUUGGAGCAUGCCUUCCUUUCUCUUA